AUGCUGCCUCCAAAGCACUUGUCUGCCACCAAACCUAAGAAGUCCUGGGCCCCAAAUCUGUAUGAGCUAGACAAUGACUUGACUAAAGAGCCGGAUGUCAUCAUAGGAGAAGGCCCAACUGACUCUGAGUUCUUUCAUCAGAGGUUUCGGAACUUAAUCUAUGUGGAAUUUGUUGGGCCUCAGAAGACCCUGAUCAAACUCCGAAACCUCUGCCUCAAUUGGUUGCAGCCGGAGACUCGCACCAAGGAGGAGAUCAUCGAACUCUUGGUCCUUGAGCAGUUCCUGACCAUCAUCCCUGACAAGCUCAAGCCUUGGGUGCGAGCAAAAAAGCCAGAGAACUGCGAGAAACUCGUCACUCUGCUGGAGAAUUACAAGGAGAUGUACCGGCCAGAAGACGACACCAACAGUGACAUGACCAGUGACGAGGACAUGAGCCAAGAUGGGGGAGAGACACCCCCACCUCGUGCAGGCCAUUCUUUCAGCAGUGACCAGGAUCGUGACCAGAACUUGGAUAGGAGGGGCCGAAGAAGAGAUAUGGGGCCGCGAGAUCGCUGGUCAUACAGCAGGAGCCCUAGAAGCAGGCUGCCUCAACGUGAUCUUUCCCUUCCUGUGAUGGCAAAAACAACUUUUGAAAUGGAAAGAGAUGAUGACAGGGACUCAAUGGAUUAUGAGUCCCGAUCUCAGGAUGCUGAAUCGUACCAAAAUGUCACAGACCCUGCUGAGGACAGGAAGCCUCACAACACAAUCCAAGACAACAUGGAGAACUACAGGAAGCUGCUCUCGCUAGGGGUGCAGCUUGCUGAAGAUGAUGGCCACUCCCACAUGACACAGGGCCACUCCUCAAGGUCCAAGAGAAGUGCCUACCCAAGCACCAGUCGAGGUCUGAAAACUAUGCCUGAUGCCAAAAAGUCAGCCCACCGGCGGGGAAUUUGUGAAGAUGAAUCUUCCCAUGGGGUGAUAAUGGACAAAUUCGUCACUGAUGUGUCACGCAGCUCCAAAUCAGGAAGAACAAGGGAGGCAAGCGAUCAGCCGCAGAGGUUCCCCAGAACAUCAGAUGAUAACUGGAAGGAUGUUUCGUUAAACAAGAGGGAUUCAGUGAUCCAGGAGAGGGCUUGUGAAAGGAAUGCGUUCAGGGGAGGCUCUAGGUUUAACUCAGAUCUUGCUUCCAGAAAGAGAGUUCUUGAAAGAAAGAGGCGCUAUCAUUUUGACACAGAUGGGAAUAAUUCAACCCAUGAUCAGAGAGGCUGUGCCAGAAAGAAGCCCUUUGAAUGUAGUAGUGAAAUGAGAAAAGCCAUGAGCAUGAGCAGUCUGAGCAGCCUGAGCGCCCCCUCUUUCACCGACUCGCAGCCAGUUGUUAAUUUUGGGGAUAUGCCAUAUGUGUGUGAUGAGUGUGGGAGGUCAUUCAGUGUCAUCUCAGAGUUUGUUGAGCACCAGAUCAUGCAUACGCGGGAGAACCUCUAUGAGUAUGGCGAGUCCUUUAUCCGCAGUGUGGCUGUCAGUGAGGUUCAGAAAAGUCAGACUGGAGGGAAACAUUUUGAGUGUAAGGAGUGCGGGGAAACCUUUAAUAAGAGCGCCGCCUUGGCUGAACACCGGAAAAUUCAUGCUAGAGAAUAUCUCAUGGAAUGUAAGGAUGAGGAGUAUGAGGAGACCUUCAUGCCUAGCCCAACCUUCACUGAGCUUCAGAAGAUAUAUGGCAAAGAUAAAUUCUAUCGGUGCAGGGUGUGUAAGGAAACCUUCCUUCAUAGUUCUGCCCUGAUUGAGCACCAGAAAAUCCACUUUGGUGAUGACAAAGAUAAUGAGCGCCAGCGUGAACGGGAGCGCCAGCGGGAGCGGGAGCCCUUUAUGCCUAGCUCAACCUUCAGCGAAUUUCAGAAAAUGUAUGGUAAAGAGAAAGUCUAUGAAUGUAAGGUGUGUGGGGAGACCUUCCUUCACAGCUCAUCCCUGAAAGAACAUCAGAAAAUCCAUGCUAGAGGAAACCCAUUUGAAAAUAAGGGUAAAGUGUGUGAGGAAACCUUUAUUCCUGGUCAGUCCCUAAAAAGGCGUCAGAAAACUUACCCUAAGGAGAAGCUCUACAACUUUGAUGAUGGCAGGGAUGCUUUUAUGCAAAGCUCAGACAUCAAUGAGCAUCAGAAAACUCAUCCUCGAAAGAACCUCUUUGAAGGCAGAGGAUACGAGAAAUCUGUCAUUCACAGUGUACCCUUCACUGAAUCUCAGAAGAGUCAUACUAUAACAAGACCACCUGAAAAUGAGGAGGAGGAGAGGGCAUUCACCAUCAGCUCUAACCCUAAUAAAAACCAGAAUUUUCUCAUCAAAGAAAAUGUCUAUGAGGGGAGACCACAGGAGAGAUCUGUUAUUCAUAGCUUAGCCUCUGCUGAAGCUCAGAAUAGUCACAGCGCAGCAGGGCCCUUUAAACUCAAAGUGAUUGCAGAAUCUACCAUUCAGAGCUCUGAUGUUAUUAACUAUCAGAAAGUCUGUGCUGGAGGAAAUACCUGUGAAGGAAUGGAAUACAAGAAGUCCGUUGUUCAUAGCUUGGCAGCUUCCAAACCUCUGAAAAUUCACAAUGGAAAUGAACUGGUUGAAUGUAAUGAGAAGGGAGAAUCCUCCACUUAUAUUUCAGACCUUAAUAAGCAACAGAAGAUUCCUGCCAGAGAGAAGCCUUAUGAAGGGGGUAAGAAUAACAGCCAUGAGGACUCUGUUAUCCAGAGUGUAUCUCAUGCCAAACCUCAGAAAAGUCUCACUGGAGAGGGAUCUGGUGAAUUGAAGAAGGAUGGUGAAUUCUCUGUUCCCAGCUCAAAUGUCCGUGAAUACCAGAAGGCUCGUGCUAAAAAGAAGUACAUUGAGCGUAGGGGCAAGGAAACCUCUGUAAUUCACCCUCUACCUUUUGGUGAACGAUACACAGUUCACCACAGAGAGAAGGUCUAUGAAUGUCAGGAGUGUGGAGAGUCCUUUGCAUAUAGCUAUGACCUCAUUGAACACCAGAAGAUUCAUGAUAGAGAGAAGCCCUCUGGAAGCAGAAACUAUGAGCAUUCUGUCAUUCACAGCUUGGCUCCUACUGACCCUCAGACAAGUUAUGCCCAAGAGCAAUAUAUAAAAGAACAGGCACGUAUCAGAUAUAACGAGUUCAGGCAAUGGUUUGCCACCAGCGAAGACCACAACACACAUCAGAAAAACUAUACUCAAGAGAAGUCCCAGGGCGAGGACACCCAUGGUGAGAUGACUCAUGGUGAAGAGAUGCAUGGUGAGACGACUAAUGGCAAGGAGACGGUUGAAGACUCUGUCAUUCAGGGUUCAGACAUGGAUGAAUCUCAGAAGGAAGACCCGGAUGACACAAUCUAUGAAUGUCAGGACUGUGGGCUGGGCUUUGUGGAUCUCACAGACCUCACAGACCACCAGAAAGUCCACAGCAGGAAGUGCCUCGUUGAUAGCCGUGAGUACACGCAUUCUGUAAUUCACACCCAUUCUAUCAGCGACUAUCAGAGAGAAUACACUGGUGAGCAGCUGUAUGAAUGCCCAAAGUGUGGGGAAUCUUUUAUUCAUAGCUCAUUCCUUUUUGAGCAUCAGAGAAUUCAUGAACAAGACCAGUUGUAUUCCAUGAAGGCGUGUGAUGAUGGUUUUAUUGCCCUUUUGCCCACGAAGCCACGGAGGAAUCGUGCUGCAGAAAGGAAUCCUGCACUUGCUGGGUCAGCCAUCCGAUGCCUUCUAUGUGGACAAGGCUUCAUUCACAGCUCCGCCCUUAAUGAGCAUAUGAGACUUCACAGGGAAGAUGAGUUACUGGAGCAGAGCCAGAUGGUUGAGGAAGCUAUCAUUCCAGGCUUAGCCCUCACUGAGUAUCAGAGAAGCCAAACUGAAGAGAGACUCUUUGAAUGUGCAGUCUGUGGAGAAUCCUUCGUUGAGGCUGCAGAACUUGCAGAUCAUAUAAGUGUUCAUAAGAAUGAACCCUAUGAGUAUGGGCCUUCCUAUACUCAUACCUCAUUUCUUAUUGAGCCCCUCAAAGGAGCUAUACCAUUCUAUGAGUGCAAGGAUUGUGGCAAGUCCUUUAUUCAUACCACAGUCCUCACUAAGCAUAAGGAGCUUCAUCUUGAAGAAGAAGAAGAUGAAGAAGAAGUAGCAGCAGCUCAGGAGGUUGAAGCCAAUGUCCUUGUUCCACAAGUUUUGCGCAUUCAGGGGUCAAAUGCAGAGGCUGCUGAACCAGAGGUGGAGGCUGCUGAGCCAGAGAUGGAAGCUGCCGAGCCAGAGGUGGAGGCUGCUGAGCCUGAUGGAGAGGCCGAAGGGCCAGAUGGAGAGGCUGCAGAGCCAAGUGGAGAGGCCGAGCAACCAAAUGCAGAGGCUGAACAACCAAUUGGAGAUGCUGAUGAACCGGAUGGCGCAGGGAUUGAAGACCCAGAAGAAAGAGCUGAAGAGCCAGAGGGAAAAGCUGAAGAACCAGAGGGAGAUGCCGAUGAACCUGAUGGCGCAGGGAUUGAAGACCCAGAAGAAGAAGAUGAAGAAGAAGAGAUUGAGGUGGAAGAACCAUACUAUGACUGCCAUGAAUGCCCAGAAACAUUUAGUUCCAGUGCCGCCUUCGGUGAGCACCUGAAAACCCAUGCCAGCAUGAUCAUCUUUGAGCCUGCCAAUGCCUUUGGUGAGUGCUCAGGCUACAUCGAACGUGCCAGCACCAGCACUGGUGGUGCCGACCAGGCUGAUGAGAAGUACUUCAAAUGUGAUGUCUGCGGGCAGCUCUUCAGUGACCUCCUGUCCCUUGCCAGACACCAGAAUACUCAUACUGGCUGAGAGCAGGGGAGUACAGGUUAGAAAGCCUUCCCCUCGGACUUGACUCUUAACCAAACUACAGAAAAUACAGACCAACCUUUGAUAGUGCCAGUAGCAAACUUAACCUUAACAUGUACACAUCCGACUUAAAAUCCAACAGCUCAGACUGAGAAGAGAC